UAUUUCUGGUUCUUCCUUAUUUAUUAUUGAUUUCAUUUUUCUGGUGAAUCACUCAAGAGAGCUUCAUAAUUCCGCUAAGCAGAGAAAGAGGUUGUUGUGUUAUGGCGGGAAAAGGUGUUAGUUCUGUGGCAAAGGCAGUGGCAGAAUAUCAAUAUCCUUGGCGUGAGAAAUUGGUGAAAUAUAAGGAUGAACUUGCCAAGGGUGUGUGGGGAUACUGGGAGCUUGGCGCAUGGAAGCCACUCAGCAUCAGUGCUCGGCGUCGAGCUAGGCUUCGCAAGGAAGUGCUUCUUGCUGGGGAAGAUUGGGCAUAUGAUCCUGAAAGGAAGGAGAUGAAGACCAGGAGGAAGGGACACAAAUGUGAUAGGAUUGCCGCUGAGAAACGGGAGAACACGGCAAGGUUGAUGGAGAAGAUGCCUGAGAUGUUGCUGGAUUACAAAAAGAGAAGGUGGCAGAAGAAGAUGAAGGAAGAGGACAAGGCAAAGUUUUAAUUUUGGAAUGGUUUGUCUGCCUUUACAAUUGGAUUAUUUACUUGUGCAAUGUUAGUGAAUGAUUAAGUUUUAUUAUGCGUUUUAAUCCAUGAUAUUAAUAACCCCUUUCAAUAGCCUUGUGAUUAUCAGUGGGAAAGGGCUUACUCCUAAGGAAAUUACUCUUAUGGAGUUAUUGUUCAUGGAUCUGUUUGGUUGAGUGCUAGGUACUUGUGAUUGUUUAUUGGCAAUUGUUGCAUGAAUUAAUCUUA